UUCUUUCAAUAAAAGGAUAAAUAAUUGUAAUUUCUUUCUCACAAAUGGGUCAUGUUACAAUUACCCAUUUAUAACUGUUUAUAUCUCGCUUUCGAGUUUCUCUUAAUUGCUAUUUGCACAUAUGCUUCUUUUGACGUCUCUUUUCUUAUAUUUGAAAUGAAAUUUUCACUUGUUUUUGAAGUAUCAUCUGUAUCAGAGGCAGCAGCAAAACUGAAGUCUUAAAAAAUGAUUAAAUUCAACUCGUUUGUGUUUUUCUUGACAAGUUCCAUCAUUUACGCUGACGUUGUAACAGCUGAACAAGACGAUCAAAACGCUUCUUGUACCUACGAAGGCAAAGUGUAUCAAGAUGAAGAAUUUGUUUAUCGCGAACAACAUGGAGUGAAAGGAUGUACUGAUUAUUAUUGUAUGAAUGGAAGUGUCGAAGCCUAUAUGUUCCAUGAUUGCGCAGCACUACGCACUGACAAAUACGACAAUUGUACACCAAUCUUUAGAGAAGGAGAAUGUUGUCCUACAUAUGAAGAUGGCUGUGGUGAUGAACCUCUAGAACACAGCUCACCACAGCCCAACCCUGUGAUAAAAUGUACCCACGAGGGAAAAGUGUAUCAAGAUGAAGAAUUUGUUUAUCGCGAACAACAUGGAGUGAAAGGAUGUACUGAUUAUUAUUGUAUGAAUGGAAGUGUCGAAGCCUAUAUGUUCCAUGAUUGCGCAGCAUCAUUUACUGACAGAUUCAACAAUUGUACACCAAUCUUUAGAGAAAGAGAAUGUUGUCCUAUACUGCUGUUAACUUAA